UCUGCUUGUCAUCUUAACUGCCAAACUGGUACAAUUCACUGGUGGAAAUCCAGAACUGAAGAGUGAAUUUCAGUGAAUGCUUCCCCAUACAACCAGAUGAAAAGCAUUAUCACUGGCUUUUUCAGCACACUUUAACGCUGAUGCUGGCCCUGCAAGUGGGCAGAUUUCAGACAUGGGCAUGGACAGACGGCAGAGAGCCUCAGCAGCACUCUCGCUCAGUUUUCUCUCAUUAAUCUUCUCUAUCACGGCAUUUAGCAGCAGUUACUGGUGUGAAGGGACAAGAAAAGUUGCAAAACCUUUCUGUACAGAUCAGGAGAAAGGGACUCACUGCAUCCGCUUCAAUAGCUCUGAUCUGAACAAUAGCAACGCCGUUCAAUAUAUCUGGGAGACAGGCGAUGACAAGUUCAUUGACCGAAAGUUUCAUGCUGGCAUCUGGUAUUCAUGUGAGGAGAUUAUUAAUGGGGAAGGUGAGAAAUGUAGAAGUUUUAUCAGUCUGACUCCACCUGCAGAUCGAGGUGUUUUGUGGCUGUCUAUUGUAGCAGAGCUACUCUAUAUCAUUUUGCUGCUAACUGGAGCCACUUUGAUGUCAAUCGAAGUGUGCUGCUACACUACAGUCAUUGAUGGGUUAAAGCUCAACGCCUUUGCUGCGAUAUUCACUGUACUAGCAGGUCUCUUUGGCAUGGUCGCUCACAUGAUGUACACAACUGUAUUUCAAAUGACUGUCAACCUAAGUCCAGAAGACUGGAGACCACAGAUGUGGGAUUAUGGCUGGUCCUAUUGCCUUGCAUGGAGUUCCUUCGCUUGCUGUAUGGCUGCCUCUGUCACCGCCAUUAACAGAUACACAAAAACUAUGUUGGAAUUCAAGCACAAACGAAAAAAGCUGGAGAGAAGUUUAAAGAAUAAAUGCAAGUGUCCAGAUCCUGGAGUUCCAGGGAAAGCUUGGAAUAUGUAUGUCAGCUCUUUUCAUAAUACUACAGAGGACUUGGUGCAUCAGUUAAAGAACAUACAUAAUCCAGCCAGCAUUUCAGUGUUUGUAGAUUUAAACAAUAUCUCUGAGCAACACUGUGAGGAGUAUUGCUAAAUAUGUUCCAUAAUAUUAUUAAUUAAAAAAUGUAUCUGUGUAGCAUUAUUUAUUUUUCGUAAAGAGAACUGCUUUUAUCAAUGCUUCAAGCAACACAUAGUGUUUAUGGAGCUGAUCCAGAUAGAAUGGUUCACAAAAGGCAAUAAGCCAUAUUCACCAUUGUCCUGCAUCUUGUACAGUCAUUUACACAUGUGCAAAGUGGGUGUGAACACUACUACAUUGGCAUAGCACUGGCUUACACCCACUUUACUAGUGGAAAUAACAACACCAGGACAACAAAGAAUCUGGCCCACAAUUGGGUCCACAGUUGGAAUAGGUUAUUUAUUAUUAAAGAUGCAACCUCCCAGCCAAAUUCAGCAUAUUUCAGGCUACACUGAUUAGUUUAACCAUGUGACGGAGGUCCCGGAGAGCCACACUGAGGUAACUCAAAUAGGAUAAACUGUAAGGAAUGGGGCAGACAAUCCCCAAAGUUGGUGGAUAUUCCAAUACUUAGAUUUACCAAGCCAGCACAAAACAGCUUCUAGAAUACCGUACUAGUUACCCAGAAACCAGCAACAGAGUUCCCUUUAAGUAACCCAGCCUUAGGCCUCCAUCCAG